AAGCCCUAAGAAACACAGCUCAUUGUUGGCAGCUGCCGGGCGGUCUUACAGAGCUGCGAGGGCAGCGGAGGGGAAAUAAAAGGGAACGGCUCCGAUUCUGCCCCAGCGGCUGCUGCAAGACCUCUGUGCCGACAUCGCGACAGCGAGCGCCCUGCACACCGGGAAGGCCCCCUCUAUGUGCUGCUGAGCCGGUCCCGGACCCGACGAUCCCGCCCUCGGUCUUCGGAGCAGAAAUCGCAAAGACGGAAGGACUGGAAAUGGCAGACCAUAUGAUGGCCAUGAACCACGGGCGCUUCCCCGACGGCACCAACGGGCUGCACCACCACCCUGCCCAUCGCAUGGGCAUGGGGCAGUUCCCGAGCCCCCAUCACCACCAGCAGCAGCAGCCCCAACACGCCUUCAACGCCCUGAUGGGCGAGCACAUACACUACGGCGCGGGCAACAUGAAUGCCACGAGCGGCAUCAGGCACGCGAUGGGGCCGGGGACUGUGAACGGAGGGCACCCCCCGAGCGCGCUGGCCCCCGCGGCCCGGUUUAACAACUCCCAGUUCAUGGGCCCCCCGGUGGCCAGCCAGGGAGGCUCCCUGCCGGCCAGCAUGCAGCUGCAGAAGCUCAACAACCAGUAUUUCAACCAUCACCCCUACCCCCACAACCACUACAUGCCGGAUUUGCACCCUGCUGCAGGCCACCAGAUGAACGGGACAAACCAGCACUUCCGAGAUUGCAACCCCAAGCACAGCGGCGGCAGCAGCACCCCCGGCGGCUCCGGUGGCAGCAGCACCCCCGGCGGCUCCGGCGGCACCUCGGGUGGUGGCGCGGGCAGCGGCAAUAGCGGCGGCGGCAGCGGCGGCGGCAGCGGCAGCAACAUGCCCGCCUCCGUGGCCCACGUCCCUGCUGCAAUGCUGCCGCCCAAUGUCAUAGACACUGAUUUCAUCGACGAGGAAGUGCUUAUGUCCUUAGUGAUAGAAAUGGGUUUGGACCGCAUCAAGGAGCUGCCGGAACUCUGGCUGGGGCAAAACGAGUUUGAUUUUAUGACGGACUUCGUGUGCAAACAGCAGCCCAGCAGAGUAAGCUGUUGACUUGAUCGAAACCCCGGCGAAAAGAAAUCAAACCCCCAACUUCGGUGUGAAUUAAAGAAAAAACAAAAAAACAAAAAAACAAAACAAAACAAAAAAAAAAAACAUUCCCUUAGACACAGUAUCUCACUUUUCAGAUCUUGAAAGGUUUGAGAACUUGGAAACAAAGUAAAACUAUAAACUUGUACAAAUUGGUUUAAAAAAAUUGCUGCCACUUUUUUUUUUUCUGUUUUUGUUUCGUUUUGUAGCCUUGACAUUCACCUCCCUUAUGUAGUUGAAAUAUCUAGCUAACUUGGUCUUUUUUGUUGUUUGUUUUUACUCCUUAUUUCCUCACUUUCUCCAGUGCUCAACUGUUAGAUAUUAAUCUUGGCAAACUGCUUAAUCUUGUGGAUUUUGUAGAUGGUUUCAAAUGACUGAGUUGCAUUCAGAUUGACGAGUGAAAGGAAAAAUUUGCAUUAGUUGGUUGCAUGAACUUUGAAGGGCAGAUAUUACUGCACAAACUCUGCCAUCUCGCUUCAUUUUUUUUAACUAUGCAUUUGAGUACAGACUAAUUUUUUAAAUAUGCUAAACUGGAAGAUUAAACAGAUGUGGGCCAAACCGUUCUGGAUCAGGAAAAGUCAUACUGUUCACUUUCAAGUUGGCUGUUCCCCCUCCCCCAUAUGUACAGACAAUAAUAGGGUGUGGAAUGUCGUCAGUGGCAAACAUUUCACAGAUUUUUAUUUUGUUUCUGUCUUCAACAUUUUUGACACUGUGCUAAUAGUUCUAUUCAGUACAUGAAAAGAUACUACUGUGUUGAAAGCUUUUUAGGAAAUUUUGACAGUAUUUUUGUACAAAACAUUUUUUUGAGAAAAUACUUGUUAAUUUAUUCUAUUUUAAUUUGCCAAUGUCAAUAAAAAGUUAAGAAAUA